UGGAGGAGGAAGAAGAAGAUAGCACCAGCAGCUUCUAACCAGACCUCCAGCUGAGCCGUGGGAACCUUCAGGGUUUUAAAAGCAAACACAGAGGAAGUCAGACCAAGACCAGAGAUCCAAACCAGCAUGUUUCCAACAUCAAGAAGCAUCAAUAUGACGGCCGUCAGUUGUGUCGUUGUGGUAGUGAUGAUGAUGGUGAGGAGCACGGAGGCGGCUUCGGUGCACCAUAGCAAGCACUCCAAUGGCUUUCCAGAUCAAACCAUCCCCUUGCAUCUGGACCCCAAGGCUUUAGUACCCAGCAGGAACAUCCGACCGCUGGAGAACAUCUCCAUCUCACCGUGGACGUACAAUAUGUCAAGAGAUGAGUCUCUGUUCCCACCGACAAUUUCAGAGGCUCAGUGUUUGCUGCAUGGAUGCCUGGACCUGGAGGGGAAGGAAGACCUGAACCUGAGGUCCAGACCCAUUAUGUUCCAGGCUCUGGUGCUGCGGCGGGUCAAGUCGGCGGGAACGGAGCAGAACUACCAUUACCGCCUGGAGACUCGGCUGAUUCCGUUUGGCUGCACCUGUGUCCGACAUGUGGUCCACAUCCAGGAGUGA